UGGCUGCGAGAGGCAGAAAUGUGCCGCAAGGCAUCUGGUCUGCCGGAAAUCAUAAAACGAAGGAAGAAGAAAGGUCGUACACUCUGAACGGCACAGAGAUGCAGCGAGACAAAACAAGCAACGCCGGUGGGGCUGAAAAGCCCGACCGGGAGGCCGCCAUAAUGUCGAAAUACUACGAUGGAGUUGAAUUUCCUUUCUGUGACGAGUUCUCCAAAUAUGAAAAAAUGGCAAAAAUAGGACAAGGAACCUUUGGGGAGGUGUUCAAAGCAAAGCACAGACAGACUGGGAAGAAGGUCGCGCUGAAGAAAGUUUUGAUGGAAAAUGAGAAAGAAGGGUUCCCAAUCACAGCCCUGAGAGAGAUCAAGAUCCUGCAGCUGCUCAAACAUGAGAAUGUGGUCAAUCUGAUUGAGAUCUGCAGAACCAAAGCUACUCAGUUCAACAGAUACAAAGGCAGCAUCUACCUGGUGUUUGACUUCUGUGAGCAUGACCUGGCUGGGCUGCUCAGCAAUGCCAAUGUAAAGUUCACCCUGGCAGAGAUCAAGAAGGUCAUGCAGAUGCUGCUCAAUGGAUUGUACUACAUCCACAGAAACAAGAUCCUUCACAGAGAUAUGAAGGCGGCCAACGUGCUCAUCACCAGAGACGGUGUCCUGAAGCUGGCUGACUUUGGUUUGGCUCGAGCCUUUAGCCUGGCUAAAAACAGCCAGGGGAACCGCUACACUAACCGCGUGGUCACACUCUGGUACAGACCUCCAGAGCUGCUGCUAGGUGAGCGAGACUACGGCCCCCCCAUUGACCUGUGGGGGGCAGGCUGCAUCAUGGCAGAGAUGUGGACAAGAAGUCCCAUAAUGCAAGGCAACACUGAGCAGCAUCAGCUCACUCUCAUCAGCCAGCUCUGUGGCUCCAUCACUGCUGAGGUGUGGCCUGGCGUGGAUAAGAAGUAUGAGCUUUACCAGAAAAUGGAGCUGCCCAAAGGCCAAAAGAGGAAAGUAAAGGAUCGCCUUAAAGCCUAUGUCAAAGACCCGUACGCCCUGGAUCUGAUAGAUAAACUCCUAGUCCUGGACCCGGCACAGCGCACCGACAGCGACGACGCGCUCAACCACGACUUCUUCUGGUCCGACCCCAUGCCGUCAGACCUGAAGAACAUGCUCUCCACUCACAACACCUCCAUGUUUGAAUAUCUGGCCCCGCCCAGACGGAGAGGCCACAUGCCGCAGCAGCCGCCCAAUCAGAACAGAAACCCAGCCACCACCAGUCAGACUGAGUUUGAUCGAGUGUUUUAGUGGCUGGGGAAGUUAAUGGACAGUUGUUUGCCUAGCUGGGCUUUUUUUUUUUUUUAUUAUUU